GUAUCUAAACUUGGAUUUUAAGCUAUAACACCAUGGAUUGGAUUUGGAGUUUAUUUUCAUUUCUUGCAUUGAGCAUUUUCCUUAUCAAAUCAUUCAAAUGCAGAAGAUCAAAGAGAUUACCACCCGGACCAACAGGCCUCCCCAUCUUGGGAAACCUUCACAUGUUAGGACACCAACCUCACCGAGAUCUUCAAACACUAGCCAAAAAAUAUGGCUCCAUCAUGUACUUGCGGCUCGGCUUGAUUCCCACCAUUGUCGUCUCCUCACCCCAAGCUGCUGAACUCUUUCUCAAAACAUACGACAUUGUAUUCGCCAGUAGGCCUUCUCACCAGGCUGCAAUGCAUAUGUCUUAUGGCCAAAAGAAUAUAAGCUUUUCUCCUUAUGGACCUUAUUGGCGUAGCAUCCGCAAGAUGUGUACUUUAGAGUUGCUUAGCAAUGUCAAGAUUAAUUCUUUUAAAGAAUUAAGGAAAGAAGAGCUUGGCAACUUGAUUCGACAAAUUAGACAGGUUGCAGCUACUAGUUCUCGUGCUGUUGUGGAUCUUAGUGCUGAAGUAUCAGCUUUUGCCGCUGAUCUCACGUGUAGAAUGGUGUUUGGGAAGAAAUAUAUAGAUAAAGAUAUCGAUGAGAGAGGAUUCAAAGCAGUGAUUCAAGAAGCUAUGGAAAUAGCUGCAACUUUUAACUUGAGUGAUUAUAUUCCUCCCAUUGCCAAACUUGAUCUUCAAGGAGUUGCCAAGCGCUCCAAGGCUAUUAGUAGGGUUUUUGAUGAAUUUUUUGAAAAGAUUAUCGACGAGCACGUUCAAUCCCAGGAUCAAAACAAAACCAAGGACUUCGUUGAUUUCAUGUUAGACGUCAUGGGCUCAGAACAGGCAGAUUACCCUAUUGAGAGAGAGAACAUCAAAGCUGUAAUUUUGGACAUGCUUGCAGGAGCAACGGACACCUCAUCAACUGCAAUUGAAUGGACAUUAUCAGAACUCAUGAAGCAUCCAAGAACACUUAACAAAGUCCAAAAGGAGUUGGAAAACGUGGUGGGCAUGAACCGAAUGGUGGAAGAAUCAGAUAUUGACAGCCUCGAGUAUUUAUACCUUGUCGUGAAGGAGACAAUGAGACUCCACCCUGUAGCUCCAUUGCUUCUUCCUCAUGCAUCAAUGGAGGACUGCAUCGUGAAUGAAUUCCACAUACCCAAGAACUCACGCAUUCUGAUAAACAUGUGGGCGAUCGGGAGAGACCAAGAUGCAUGGAUUGAUGCAGAAAAGUUCUGGCCUGAGAGGUUUGUGGGAAGCAAUAUUGACGUUCGUGGGCGUGAUUUCCAGCUUCUUCCAUUUGGAUCUGGUCGCAGAGGUUGCCCUGGAAUGCAGCUUGGAUUAACUAUAGUUCGCUUGGUGGUCGCGCAGCUGGUGCAUUGUUUCGAUUGGGACCUACCUGAUGGAAAGAUGCCGAGUGAGCUAGACAUGACCGAGAAGUUCAGCCUGGUGACUCCUCGGGCUAAUAAUUUAUGUGCUAUUCCUAGCUUUCGCUUGAAGAUAUGA